AUGCAAAAAUCAUCCAUCAUUCUUGCCUCGGCUUUGUGUCUUCUCUUUGUGGGAGUGACACUUGUCUGUGCAGCAUGGACCAACGAAGAACUAGGUGAUCUCUUCGACAUGGCCACUCUCGCCGAUUACAGACGUUACGGAGGUGGUGCUCGUGGAGGAGGUGCCAGACGAAGUGGAGGAGGUGGCCGAAGAAGCGGAGGAGGUGCCAGAAGAAGUAGCGGUGGUAGAAGAAGCAGUGGAGGAGGUAGAAGAAGUGGAGGUGGCCGAAGAGGAGGAAAUUCUGCAGGACGAAGAAGUGGAGGUGGACGAAGAGGAGGCAAGCAAGGAGGUAAGGCUGGAAAGAGAGGAGGCAAACAAGGAGGAAAAGCAGGAAAGAGAGGUGGUAAAGCCGGAAAGGGAGGAAAGGGAAAGAAGGGUGGAAAAGGUAAGAAGGAUGGAAAGAAGGGUAAGAAGGAUAAGAAGGGAAAGAAAGAUAAGAAAGACAAGAAGGGAAAGAAGGAUAAGAAAGACAAGAAGGAUAAGAAGGGAAAGAAUGAUCAAGGCCCAGCAGGUGGAGAUCAAGGACCAGCUGGAGGUGAUCAAGGCCCAGCAGGUGGUGAUGAUCAAGGACCAGCAGGAGGUGAUCAACAACAACCUGAAAUGCCAGCUCAAGAACAACCACAAGAACAACCACAACAACCUGAGCAACCAGCUGAACAACCUCAACAACAACCUGAGCAACCACAAGAUGGAGCUCAACAACAACCAGCUGAACAACCAUCUGCUCAACCUGAACAACCAGCUCAACAACAACCAAGUGAGCAACCAGGUCAACAACCAGCUGAACAACCUCAACAACAACCAGUUGGUCAACAACCUGGCGGACCUGUUCAACAACAACCACAACAACCAGUCGAUCAACCAGCUCAACAACCAAUUGGUCAACCUGAACAACCAUCUACUCAACAACCAUCAAAUCCAACCAAUGGUCCACAAGAACAAACUAGUUCUGUAACUUCUCCAACUGAAACCACCAUUAUUGAAGACAAGAAGAGAGGUGUCAUUACAACUCAAAGUAGAACUCAAACUCGAGACACUGUCAAGAAUGCUCAAGGACAAACUAUUGAGGAAAGACUUUCUGUCACACUUCAAGUUAUCAAGAAGUAUUUGAAGCCAAACGGUGGUCGUGUUGCUCGUCCUGCUGUCAUUCCUAACAAUGAACAAGUUGUUGGAUAA